GCAUCCGCGGCUGCGUCAUCGCCGCCCCCCCCAAACAAGAUGGACACCGCCGAAGAAGACAUAUGUAGAGUGUGUCGAUCAGAAGGAACGCCUGAGAAACCGCUAUAUCAUCCAUGUGUAUGUACUGGCAGUAUUAAAUUUAUCCAUCAAGAAUGCUUAGUUCAGUGGUUGAAACACAGCAGAAAAGAAUACUGUGAACUAUGCAAACACAGAUUUGCUUUCACACCAAUUUAUUCCCCAGAUAUGCCUUCAAGGCUUCCAAUCCAAGAUAUUUUUGCUGGACUGGUUACAAGUAUUGGCACAGCAAUACGUUACUGGUUUCACUAUACACUUGUGGCCUUUGCAUGGUUGGGAGUUGUACCUCUUACAGCAUGCCGUAUCUACAAGUGCUUGUUUACUGGCUCCGUGAGCUCACUACUGACACUGCCAUUAGAUAUGCUGUCAACGGAAAAUUUAUUGGCAGAUUGUUUGCAGGGUUGUUUUGUGGUGACGUGCACUCUUUGUGCAUUCAUCAGCCUUGUGUGGUUGCGAGAACAAAUAGUCCAUGGUGGAGCACCGCAGUGGUUGGAACAAAAUCAUGCUCAACCUCUCAAUGCUGCUGGACAACAAAAUGAGGCUCCAGGUAUAGGAAAUGGUGCUGAAAAUGUUGCAAUUGAUCAGCCUGCUAACCCACCAGCUGAGGAUGCAGUAGUAGGGGAAAACCCUGAAAUUCAGGAAGAACAAGCUGAUGAAGAUGAGGAAGACAAUGAGGAUGAAGAAGAUGCUGUAGUUGAAGAUGCAGCAGAUGCUAAUAAUGGGGCACAAGAUGACAUGAAUUGGAAUGCUUUAGAAUGGGAUCGAGCUGCAGAAGAAUUAACAUGGGAGAGAAUGCUUGGACUUGAUGGGUCACUAGUUUUCCUAGAACAUGUCUUUUGGGUGGUGUCUCUGAAUACAUUAUUUAUUCUUGUCUUUGCAUUUUGUCCUUACCACAUUGGCCAUUUUUCUGUUGUUGGCUUGGGAUUUGAGGAAUAUGUCCAAGCAUCCCAUUUUGAAGGCCUAAUCACAACAAUAGUUGGCUAUGUACUUUUAGCAGUCUCUUUGAUCAUUUGUCAUGGUUUGGCAGCUCUUGUGAAAUUUCAGCGAUCCCGUCGCUUGUUAGGGGUCUGCUAUAUUGUUGUUAAGGUCUCUCUAUUAGUGGUAGUAGAAAUUGGAGUAUUCCCUCUCAUUUGUGGCUGGUGGCUGGAUAUAUGUUCUUUGGAAAUGUUUGAUGCCACUUUGAAAGACCGAGAAUUGAGCUUUCAGUCGGCUCCAGGUACCACAAUGUUUCUGCACUGGCUAGUGGGAAUGGUCUAUGUAUUCUACUUUGCUUCUUUCAUUCUUUUACUAAGAGAGGUGCUAAGACCUGGUGUCUUGUGGUUUCUGAGGAAUUUGAAUGAUCCAGAUUUUAAUCCAGUACAGGAAAUGAUUCACUUGCCCAUUUAUAGACAUCUCCGAAGAUUUAUUUUGUCAGUGAUCGUCUUUGGUUCCAUCGUCCUUCUUAUGCUGUGGCUCCCUAUACGUAUUAUUAAGAAUCUAUUGCCCAAUUUUCUUCCAUAUAAUGUCAUGCUAUAUAGUGAUGCCCCAGUGAGUGAACUGUCUCUUGAGCUGCUCCUGCUACAGGUGGUAUUGCCAGCUUUACUUGAACAAGGACACACUAGGCAGUGGCUGAAAGGUCUUGUCAGAGCAUGGACUGUUACUGCUGGAUAUUUGCUGGAUCUUCAUUCUUACUUGCUUGGAGAUCAAGAAGAGAAUGAGAAUAGUAUGAACCAACAAGCUAACAACAACCAGCAUGCUCGUAAUAACAAUGCCAUCCCAGUAGUUGGGGAAGGUCUUCAUGCAGCCCACCAAGCCAUACUUCAACAAGGAGGACCUGUGGGCUUUCAGCCUUACCGUAGGCCUUUAAAAUUUCCACUCAGGAUAUUUCUGUUGAUAGUCUUCAUGUGUAUCACCUUAUUGAUUGCUAGUCUCAUCUGCCUUACUUUACCAGUAUUUGCUGGCCGGUGGUUAAUGUCAUUUUGGACGGGGACUGCCAAAAUCCAUGAGCUAUACACAGCUGCCUGCGGUCUUUAUGUCUGCUGGUUAACCAUAAGGGCAGUAACAGUUCUAGUUGCAUGGAUGCCACAGGGACGCAGAGUGAUUUUUCAGAAGGUUAAAGAGUGGUCCCUUAUGAUAAUGAAGACUUUGAUAGUGGCAGUACUUCUAGCUGGUGUUGUUCCGCUUUUGCUUGGACUUUUAUUUGAACUGGUAAUUGUUGCACCACUGAGGGUUCCACUGGAUCAGACACCUCUGUUUUAUCCAUGGCAGGACUGGGCCCUUGGAGUUCUUCAUGCCAAAAUAAUUGCAGCCAUAACAUUGAUGGGACCUCAGUGGUGGUUGAAAACAGUAAUUGAACAGGUUUAUGCAAAUGGCAUCCGAAAUAUUGAUCUCCAUUAUAUCAUUCGAAAACUAGCAGCACCCGUGAUAUCUGUACUGUUACUUUCUCUUUGUGUACCUUAUAUUAUAGCAUCUGGUAUUGUACCUUUACUAGGUGUUACUGCUGAAAUGCAAAAUUUGGUACAGCGCCGAAUUUAUCCUUUUUUACUAAUGGUGGUAGUUUUGAUGGGUAUCCUGUCCUUCCAAGUUCGACAGUUCAAGCGCCUUUAUGAACAUAUUAAAAAUGACAAAUAUCUUGUGGGACAACGACUAGUGAACUAUGAACGAAAGUCAGGUAAACAAGGCACGUCAACACCAUCUCCACAGUCUUCACAAGAAUAAAAUAGUUGUCUUAAAUACCUUGACCUUCCUUUUGCCUUUAUGUGUCCUUUUUUGUGGACUCUUCUAUCUCUGGAUAAUAUUUUUCCUGGUGAUCCUCACAGCAAUGUUUUUACUUUCACUUUUUUUUUUUAAAAAAAAAUUCAUAUCCUUAGCAUUUAGAUAGCAGUUAAUGAUCUGCUCCUCUAUCUGCAUCUUUUUCAUUUUUCAUUGCUGUCUGAGAUCUGUAUAUGUGUAAAUAGAAGUAUCCUGACACCCUAAAACCUUGGAUUAAACAGAAUGUGCAUUGUACAUCUUUAAACAAAAUGUAUAUUAAUUUAUUAAAUCUAGUUGUCACUUUA